AUGCAGCAGCCACCCGUGUGGGCCCACAGGUCUCCACAGGAUCACGGUAGAGGCAUGGUCGCCGGGCAUGUGGCACACGCCUCGAGCAGGCCGGUCCUGCUGUCCUCGAGCUAUCGCAGUCCUCCGAUGGCUGCCAAAGUGUUGGCCGGGGCGAAACAACCUCUGGGUGCACAGUCAGCUCGUCCGCAACAGAAGCUGGCCAAUGCGCAUGCAGGGAGACGGAAUCUGCACUUGGGUCGCGAGGCUACCGAGGAUCCGAAAGGGGCGCAAAGCCCCUCGGCGGCCUCUGCUGCAACGGCUCCUUGCGGUGUCCGCAGCGGGCAGCAUAGCCCGCGGAGUCCACAGUGCUUCACGGUGCCGCCUCCGGGCGAUGCUGCGGCCGGGCUGGGCACCGGUCUUUCCAAGGCCCGAAAGGCGGAGAUGCCGCUUGAUCUGACCUCGAGCGCCGCCUCGUCCAAUCAGCGCGUCCCAGACACUCCGGCCAGUAGCGCUCCAGGUGCUUCCUAUGCACCCCAAGGUGCAACAAUGGGUGCUCUUCGGCAAAAGCUCAGGCAGCUUUUGCCGAAAGAGCUGCAAGGUGCCCAGGAUCAAGUCUCUCCAUCUGCCAGAGCAGGUGCCGCAGGCCCUUUACCGGAAGUCGCCGAACCGGACCGUUCAGAUCCACUGACACAGAAGGUGGAGGACCUCGAUGCCAGGCUCGCUGCCGCUUUGGUCUCCCUCGGCCAGGUGACCGAAGCCCGAAAUGCGACCGACACGGCUACAGACGCCAUGUUGAAGGCUCUGAGGAAGGGACUCGACGAAUUGAGCGAGCGCUGUGGCACUUGGCCGCCGGCCGGCUCAGCCAAAGAGGUGCCAGAAAGCAUGUCUUUGGCCCUGGAACGGCUGCGGUCCGACGCAGAGGCAAAGUUCGCGGACAUUCAUCGGCGUCUUGAGGCUCUUCGUGGCUCCAGCAUUGCAGAGCCAUCCUACCAGGAGAUGUCUGCUGCUGUUCGGGUGCUGCAAAGUCAGCUCCAGGCGCUGCAAGCCGAGAAGGGCCAGGUCGCAGCUGCAGUGACGGCCAUGUCACAGCAGCAGUCAGGCCUGGAAGCCAUGCAGGAAGAACUCCUGGCCGGAAUGGCUCGGCGGCCUGAUGAGGCCCGCAUGUCCGUGGUGGAGCAUGGCAUAGCGUCGCUCCAUGCCAAGCAGAACGAGCUGUCAGCAACUCUGCAGGGCAUGAUGAGUCUCAACGCAGCCGGCGAGCAUGUGGGAUCCAUGGACAAAGUGGCGGUUGCUGCCAUGUUGCAGCCGCUGCAGCAGAGGAUGAGCCGGCAGGAGACGGACCUGAAGGAGAUGCGAUCAAAGGUCGAGCAGCUGCGGGUCUCGGACACCGAGGUACUGAAGGGUGAGAUGGCGACAGUUGCGGAUGCCAUGACAACGCUCUGUGUCAAGAUCGAAGAAAUGGACAAUUUGAAGGCCGUGAACGAUCGGCUCAGCAGUGAGCUAGGCACUGUGGCCAAAGCUUUAGCCAACCUUGCCGACCGAGUCGACCGACUAGAGGGGAAGACGCCAACAAACAGCAUUGCCUCCGCAGGCGCUGAGGUGGCAUCCGCGCCCACUCCUCGGGACCCCCGGCGCAGUGAGCGCAAGGCACCAAGCCCCAGGAGGUGGCUACAGGAGCCGCUUUCCGUGUCCGUGGGCCGUUGCUCUGACGUCCCAGGCAUUUUGCAAAGCUCCGAGCACCUGCUGUCGAGACCCACAACGCAAGGUCUUCUUUGA